UACGUCUUUGCACUUGUGACGUCAUCAUUCAAACGUUUAUACGCCAUUGCGGAAGACCAGUAAACAUGACACUGUUUCUUCUUUUAGUGUGUAUUGCUAGCUUUGGUAUUAAUUGUGCACCAUUCACGGACAGUGAGAAGCAUGAUAUAAGUGUCCAAGCAAACAGCAAUGUAGCACAAGAUACUAUAAGUCAUAUUGUAAAGCGAGAUGUCGAAGAUGAAGUUGAAUUAUUCAGAAAGAAAAUGAACGUUGAUUCAUCUGAGGAUGAUGAAGAGAGACGGUCUAUUGAAAAUUUAUCAAAUGAUGAAAAGCGGGCAGCUGAAGAUUUGGCAGUUGAUGAAGAGAGACGGGCAGCCGAUGAUUCAUCAGAUGACGAAGAGAGACGGGAGGCUGAAGAUUUCUCAAAUGAGGAAGAGAGACGUGAAGCUGAAGAUAGCAAUGAAGAAGCUAAAAGAGAGGAUGUUGCAGAUGAGGAUGUAUCCAAACGAUCUGGUGAAGUGGCCACAGAAAAUGGAGAUAUGAGCGAACGAAGUUCAGACGAUGAUGAUGAAGAUGAACGGGCACUAAGAGAUAUAGAUGACGAAGACGAUGAUGAUGAUAUGCGCGAGAGGAGAAGUCAUGAUGAUGACGACGACGAUGAUGAUGAUAUGCGCGAAAGGAGAAAUGAUGAUGAUGACGACGACGAUGAUGAUGAUGAUAUGCGCGAGAGGAGAAAUGAUGAUGAUGACGACGAUGAUGAUGAUGAUAUGCGCGAAAGAAGAAAUGAUGAUGAUGAUGACGACGACGACGAUGAUGAUAUGCGCGAAAGGAGAAAUGAUGAUGAUGACGACGACGACGAUGAUGAUAUGCGCGAAAGGAGAAAUGAUGAUGAUGAUGACGACGAUGAUGAUGAUAUGCGCGAAAGGAGAAAUGAUGAUGAUGACGACGACGACGAUGAUGAUAUGCGCGAAAGGAGAAAUGAUGAUGAUGAUGAUGACGAUGAUGAUGAUAAACGUGUAAAGAGAGACGACGAUGAUGAUGAUGAUGACGACGAACGAGCAAGACGUGAUGGUGAUGUCACUGCCAACGAAAAUGAAGGUGAGGAGGACGACAAAGCUGAACGUGAUGCUAUAGACAACGAGGAAAUUAGUGAACGAGAUGCUGAGGAGGACGAUAAUGUUGAAUAUAAACGUAAUGAUGAUGAAGAUGAUGAUGAUGAUGACGAUAAACGUGAAGCUUUCGAUAAUGAUGAUGUUGAAUUUAAACGUAAUGAUGAUGAUGACGAUGAUGAUGAUGACGACAAACGUGAAGCUUUCGACAAUGAUGAUGUUGAGUUUAAACGUGAUGCUGAUGAUGACGAUGAUGAUGACGAUGACAAACGUGAUGCUGAUGAUGACGACGAUGAUGAUGACAAACGUGAUGCUGAUGAUGAUGACGAUGAUGAUGACAAACGUGAUGCUGAUGAUGACGAUGACGAUGAUGAUGACAAACGUGAAGCUGACGAUGAAUUAAAACGAGAUAUUGAUGAUGAUGACGAUAAAUCAAUACGAGACAUCGACGAUGAUGAUGAUGAUGAAGAUAAAUUAAAACGAAACAGCGACGAUUAUGAUGAUGAAGACGAUAAACGUGACAUUAGCCCUCAUGAUAAUGUUCCAGCAAAUGAUAUGAGCCAUUCUGAAAAUAAUCCAGCAAUGGAUCAUAGCCAUGAUGAAAAUAGUCAAUUUCAAGGAGAUAGUAAUAGUCAUUUUCCAACAGGUGACGUUAGUAAUAGUUAUGAUCAUUCUGAGUCAAUACGAGACACAAGUGAUGAAAAUGAAGAAUCAACACGUGACCUUAGUAAUGCCGAAGAUGACUUAAUGGCUCAUAUGGAACAACAGAAAAGGGAGAUGCAAAACGAGGAGGAGGAAUCUAGAGAAAAAAGGGAUAUAAAUGACCAAAGAAUUCGAACUCAAGACGAUGAUGACGAUUUGUAUUCUGAUCAACGAAAACGAAGUGAAAAGGCUAAAAGUGACAAAAAAUGGACGACGUACCGAUCAGACAAUAGCGAUAAUUUUGAAAUUCAUGAAAACUCAGACGAGUCCUCUCCCCACAAAGUAGAGACUAGAGUAGCAAAGGCUGUGAAGAUACCCGGGGUUUAUUACAAACAUCUGGGUGGGAAGCCGUCUGGUCAGAUUGCUUUACAAGAAUUGUAUGAACAGGAAUAUUUAUCUUACUUUUCAAAAGACGCAAAAGCAAAUGUCCCGUGGGAGGAACCAAAAAUGUUAAAGAACUGCUGGGCACAAACAAUGCUUGCCAGUAGAUACGGCUUUUCUCCUAGCUGUAAUAUGGACGGCUCAUUUUCUCCUAAACAAUGCUAUCUUGAGAGGUGUUGGUGUGUAAACAGAGACGGAAAGUCACAAGCACAGACCCCAGACACACGAUUUUAUUAUUCUAUUGCGGGAAUUAUGCUGGUUUGCACUCAGAACGAUUGAUUGAUAAUUUCUACUUAUUUAUAAACUUUACACUGAUUUUGUUCUGUUUGUUGAUGCAGUUUUAGGCGAAGAAAACUCAACACAAAUUUUGAUAGAUUGCAAAAAUUCGGCGGGCAGUAAUUUCAAGAUUAUUCAGAAAGAACAGAAAUAUUUUUGUACUAGUGUAAUAAAUUGACUAUUUUUUCAGUAUGUAAUUGUGCUUUUUUAUAUUAUAAUAAUAUUUAUAACAGUAUAAUAAAAAAUGUCGGACAAGGAGAUCCAAUAAUAUAUACA